AUGCAUUGCCAGCAACAGAGGGUGACCCGACCGACCCCAUCGCGGCUGACCAUAACACAGGUCGUUCAUUCAUCUUUGGAAACAACGGGAAUUCCCUCGGCACCGCCUUUUCCAACCACAAGCCUUGUCUUCCCGACAACGAAGCUCAAUAUCACAUCAUUGAGCACGUACUCUUCGCUGCCAACAAUACUUCCGCCAACAUCAGAGAGCUCGGGCCAAGUAAACAAGAUCAACAUUCUUACCGUUCCCAUCGCCACAUACCCCCCACCUGGCCAAAUUGCUCCUCGCUCAGAUUAUCCCCGACCGCCAGUCGGCGUGAGGGCAAGAUCAGGCCCAUUGCAAACCAACAAGUUCUACGAGAACCUUCUUCUCGACGAUCAGCGGCAGUCGAUCUGGCCACAGCCGUACAGCCUUACGUGGGCUAAAGGAGGAGACGCGGAUCGAGGAGGGCUGGCCAAUAGCUGGGGGCUGAGCGUAUCUAACAUCGAUCGCCAGGGCCUUCUGUAUGGGGACCCGAUUCAGUCAGGGGAACCACCGAAGUUCUUUACCGCGCCUCUUUACGUGGAAUCCAUCAUAUUGUCCGCAUCUGAAUUAGACACAAACACGGUUCUGACGACAGAUUCUCACGAUCAGUUCUCCUUAGAUAUCAAUUUGACUCCAAAGCCAGAUGGGCAACCUGUGAUAAGGUUCCCAGUUGUCCAGGGAAUGGGGUUCGUGAGCGCUUUGUAUACGAAUGCCACGCCGUUGCUUCAAAGCAGUGUAUUUUUCACCGAUCUCAUUGAGAUUGGCGACGUUGAUAGUGGUAAGACGCAUAAAUGGCGUAUUCAACUCAAGGACGGUACCAGCUGGCUUCUAUAUAUAACACCCGACGGUUCCUUUGGACGACCGUCCAUGGUGCUCAAGGAUAGCAAUACCAUCAUUGGCCCGGGAUCAUUUACAGGCCUUAUCCAAGUCGCAAAAAACACCGCAGGCAGCUGUGGAGAAAGGGUGUAUGAUGGCUCCGCUGGUACGUACGCGACAUCACUUGCAGUGUCAGCAUCUGUCGAUGGCGCCACUGGAAACUACUCUUUUAUAUGGAGACGGGCGGGAUCCUCUGACCAACAACUGCUCAUGUUUGCUUUGCCGCAUCACAUAGACACGAUGUCGCCGGACACUCUCAACCAAUCAACAUGUGUGACAUUGUGGACCACGACGAAGGGCGAGGCGAGGGGUCUCCAAGCGGACAUGUGGUUAUUGCAAGAGCAGAAUUUACCGACAGACAUAGAUUUUGAUCCGUGGAAACCAGGUUCUGGCGCGGUGAAGAAGGCGGUGGAUGAGGCGACAGCUCAGAUUGAUGAUGCUGCUGCAACCGAGCUGGCCUUGGACAUUGACAAGCUUACAAAUCUAGACAGCGCGUAUUACGGAGGAAAGGCUCUUUCAAAAUUUGCGCUUAUAAUAUACGCGGUGAAUAAAUUCGGCAAAUCAUCAUCACUGGCAUUGGAAGGCCUCAGAAAGCUUGAGGCUGCAUUUGAUCGCUGGAUCAGCAACAAACAAGUUUGGCCAUUUGCAUAUGACUCUCUCUGGGGAGGUAUUGUGUCCACAGCAAGCUAUGAGGAUCGUGACAUAGGCGCCGACUUUGGCAACACGCUGUACAAUGACCAUCACUUUCAUUAUGGAUAUUUUGUACACACUGCGGCAGUGAUUGCGGCCCUAGAUCCAGAUUGGCUCAAACGAGGAUCGAACAAGGUGUGGGUUGACACCUUGAUACGCGACUACGCAAAUCCUGAUGCUGGUGAUCCCUACUUUCCACCAAGUAGAUCUUUUGACUUUUUCAAUGGACACUCGUGGGCCACAGGACUCUUUCCUUCAGGCGAUGGCAAAAACGAAGAGUCGUCAUCCGAAGAUGCCUUUUCCAUUUAUGCUAUGAAGUUAUGGGGUAAAGUCACAGGUGACUCAGCAAUGGAGGCUAGAGGCAACCUGCAGCUCGCCAUUCUGCGGAGAAGCUUGAAUCAUUACUUCUACUUCGACGCAAACAACACGGCUCAACCGCCACGUUUCACUCCCCAGAUUACGAGUGGGAUCCUCUUCGAGAAUAAGAUAGACCACACCACAUUUUUUGGCCAGAAUUCGGAGUACGUUGAAGGAAUUCACAUGUUGCCUAUCUCUCCGGUAACACCAUACAUGCGACCGGAUUCAUUCGUAUCCCGAGAGUGGUCAGCAUACUUCCAAUCUCCUUACCCUUUGUCCUCUGUUCCAGAUGCGGAAACUACUGUGCUCCUUCCAGCUGUGGGCUACGCCGGCGGCUAUAACUGCUCGAGUCGGAUCAAUCUGCGGAGACUAAUCAACUGUGUGGACCCAGCAUGGAAAGGUAUUUUGAUGGCAAACUUGGCACAGCUGGACCCCAAGCAGAGUUGGCAAUUCUUUGCGGAUAAGCUUGGGGCAGGGUGGGAUUGGAUGUGGGUAGCUGGCAGCGGGAGCAGAACUUGGUAUCUAGCGUAUGCCGCUGCUUUGGGAGGCACCAGAUGA